UCCCGGGUGGCGAAGGGCUUAGCACCAUUGCACCGGCAAACGGGGUUUAGUUACACCGAGGCAGGCCAACUCAAGCAGGCGGAGGGGUUUGAGGUUUGCAACCUCAACUUCUCCUCGUCAUGGUCCCUGGAGUCCAGCAGCGAGAAGGAAGUGGCAGGGUGCAGAGCGGAGCUGAACAUCAAGAGCCAGACUGUCUUGCCAGCGCUUCCACAUGGUGGGAAGACGGGGCAGCGGAGAGGGAAGCGGUGCCCAAACCGCAAUCGUCGGCCCCUCAGCAAAUUUGUGAGCCGUAGCAUGGAGACAGUUGUGGUGGCUGGAGACAAAAGACACCAUCCUACUUGCUCUUUCAAGAGCAGAAGCCUGGAACGCUCACUUAUGUUUAAAGAGCCCCCUGAAGUUCUGACACCAAGGAAGGCUCGAGUCUCUUCUACACAGCUGCCUCUCAAAGGGAUCCUGAAGCAGACCAACGUGACAGGCCCAUGCCCUGAGACUUUACACAAGUCCCGCUCAGUAGAGACUCUCUCCUGUGGCCGUGGCUUGUGCAAGUCCAGUGAAUCCCAGCUCUGCCUCAGCCGGAGGGAGAAGCGUUCGCUGGAGCAUGGCAGCAGCAGCGCCGCUGACUCUGCCAAGCGCAGGGAGAAGAUUGCAGAGGAAAAGCUGCAGUUCUCCAAAUUCCUGGAUGAGAUCACCCGGCGGGUACUGAGUCCCAUCCGCUUGCGCUCACUAGGAGAGACCAGGGCAGCAGAACAAGACCAGAACCCUUCCCUUUCCCCUAGAAGCUCUAUGCCAGAAGGCCAAGGGGAAAGUCACCUGCAAGGGCUCAAAUCCAAACGUGCAACAGAAAGAUCCCCCUGCCCAAACAGAAGAAAAGCAGGAAAGAAAUGUGGGGGGCUGGGAAUGGCUGUGUGCCAGAGAAAGUGUGCUGAGGAGGCUGAGAGAACUUCCAGACUAAGAAAGAAACCUGUCCUUGGGAGGAAGAACAGUAAGGAAAAACUUUCCUUGGAGAGAAGGGCAGUAGAUGUGUGUCAGUAUGAGCUGGCAGACCGGGGGCUGGCAGGGACAUCGUCUGGGCAGCAGCACUCACUGUCUUCGUGGAAGAGCAGUGCAGAGGGCAGAAGGGAUGAAAGCAGUCCCUGUUCACAGCUAUUACAGCCACGCCACCUGUGUACUAAACCUGGGCAGAAGCAUGCAGUGGAUCCAAACCACCCAGAGAAAGGAUCCUUCUCCACUCCAACACACUGGAGUCGAGAGGAGGGGCCUACCCCAUCUAGAUCCUCCCCUUCCUUCAGCCUGGCACUAAAAAAGGAACCCUUGACGGAUGCAGAAAGGAUGAAGCUACUGCAGCACGAGAACGAGGAGCUGCGCCGACGGCUGACGUACGUGACAAGCAAAAUGGAGGCGAUGGAGAGGGAGCUGGAGUCGGGUCAGGACUACCUGGAGAUGGAGCUGGGCCAGAACCGGGAGGAGCUGGAGAAAUUCAAGGACAAAUUCCGUAGGCUGCAGAACAGCUAUACUGCUUCCCAGAGAACCAACCAAGACCUGGAGGAGAAGCUGCAUGCCCUGAUUAAAAAGGCAGAGAUGGACCGCAAGACGCUGGACUGGGAGAUUGUAGAGCUUACAAAUAAAUUACUUGAUGCCAAAACCACCAUCAAUAAGCUGGAGGAACUCAAUGAACGAUACCGACAGGACUGCAACCUUGCAGUGCAGCUGCUCAAGUGUAACAAGUCCCACUUCAGGAACCACAAGUUUGCUGAUCUUCCCUAUGAGCUGCAGGACAUGGUCAAUAAGCAUUUGCACAGCACUCAGGAGUCUGCAGGCCCUGGUCAAGAGGCAGCCCACACCUUGGCUCCGUCUGACAUUGUUCCCACCUCAGUCAUUGCCAGAGUCCUGGAGAAACCAGAAUCUCUGGUUCUGAAUUCAGCCAAGUCUAGCAGUGGCAGCUGUCCCAUGGCCGAGGAUGUCUUCGUGCACGUGGACAUGAGUGGAGCCCCUCCUGAUGCCUGCAACAGCGCAGGGCAGAUGGGGAAGGAGGGAGGAGACGCAGGGAAGCAGCAGAAUGGUGGCUGCAAGCCACAGAGCAGUGUGGAAAGCGUGCCAGAGGAGGUCCCUGCCUUUGAGAAGCUAAGCCCAUACCCUACACCUUCGCCUCCCCAUCCUAUGUACCCAGGGCGUAAAGUGAUCGAGUUCUCAGAGGACAAGGUAAGGAUCCCGAAGAACAGCCCCCUGCCCAACUGCACGUAUGCCACGCGCCAGGCCAUCUCCCUCAGCCUGGUGCAGAGCGAAGACGAGAGCUGCGAGAGGCAGCGGACGCUCCCCAACAGCCCUGCAUCAGAAGGGCGCCGCUCAGCCUCCAGCUGUUCCUGUCAGCAGUCCCCCAAAGCAGCCAGGGCACACGGCUCUUCCCAGAGCAGCCCCUUCAGCAGCCCCCCCCAGGUUCCGAGCGCUUUUGCCAGCUCCGCCAGCUCUGAGGAGGACCUGCUGGCCAACUGGCAGCGCAUGUUUGUGGACAAGGCGCCCCCCACCUCGGAGCGGGUGCUGCUGAACCGCACGGCUUUCAGCCACGACACGGCCCCCGAGCUCCAGAAGCGCUUCAGCCGCUCCAUGCAGGAGCUGGGGAGGGCAGCCUCGGCUUACUCGGAUGGUGAGGAGUCCACGCAGAGCUGCAGCUGGACCGUCAGCCGGGACUCAAGCGUGGACACAGACAGCACCGAGUCCAGAGCCCGCAGGAGCCAUUUCUCCUCAGACUAUGGUACAGAUUUCUCCCAGGAUGAAGCCCAGAAGCUGUUGCAGGAAAGUGGUGGAGGCACCGCGGAGCCUGGAAGCCCCUCACCAGAAAAGCACAAGGAUUACGUGGACCUUGGCUUGCCUGAGAGCCCAGCUGAGGAGAGAGAAAUGUUGCUCCAGGGAAGCAAGGAAAGCAACCGAGGAGGCACCCCAGAGGAAAGCGGAGAAGGCAAGGUCAAGCCUUCCCUCAGUCGGCCGCACCGCAGCCCCAAGAGGAUGGGGGUCCACCACUUGCACCGCAAGGACAGUCUGACGCAAGCCCAGGAGCAGGGCAACCUUCUCAGCUGAGGCAGGGCAAGAAGCAGCCACAUGCCGCAGAGCUGUGGAAUGCCUUCAUCUGUCCACCUUCUGAGGGAGAAACCUCCCUUAGUGCCCCCCUCCUGGGGGAGCUGCUCUGCUCUGAGAUAUUAUAUUUAUUCUGUUACUACCUGGAAGAGCCGGGGUCCCCCUUCCCCGGCGCCUCAGAUCCACAGCACUAGCACAGCCAGCGUGCAGCAGCACACCCACUGCCCCGGCACACCCACAGCUAUCUUCACAGCCUCACACUGGUGCCUAUACUGGAGUUUGUUCUUGGUACCCCUUGUCCUGGUGCCUGUGCCUCUUUAUGCUCGCAUCUUCCUUCCCACUUCCCACUCAGGUACCUGAGGCCCUGGGGGGCUCCCAUGCCGGUUGCCCGUAGCUGCUCUGCACUCUUUUAACUCGUGCCAAUGGGGCAGAGUGCCUGUGUGGUGGUGUCUGAUUUGCUGGGAGCCCGUGGGGCCGGGGCACGAGGACUCUCCCAGCGGAUGGCUGCGUGCCCUUGAGGAUGUGCUGGGAUUGCUGGUGUCUCAUUCUCUUGCUGGAUUUUGUUUUCCCUGGUUGCCCUCGGGGUGGUUCUCCAGAAUCUGCCUCUGCAGGUCCCCAUCGCUUGGCUCUGCUCCCGGCCCCCACUGAGGCCACGCAGGGGUGCUGGAGCUGCGGUGUGGGGCACGGGUGCUGUCUGCUGAGGCGGGUCCGGGAGGCACUGCCUGCCGGGCACUGGGGUUUGUUUUGGUGUGUCUUCUCCCUCACACCUCUUCCCCCCCCCGCUCUCUGUGCUGUUGUUUUGUUUGAACAGUGCUGAUGCUUUGCUCUUGGGUGGGCUUCUUUCUUCUUUCCAAGCCUUUGGUUUUGGGGUGUAUUGUUUUUUCUUUCUCCCCACCCUGCAUAAACAGACACAGCCGUUGGCAGCCAGUCCAAUGCCUGCGUUGAGGGCGUGUUGAGGAGGCUUGACUCUAAGAGCUGCGCCUCCCUCUGAUCCUGGCCUCCAGCCUGCAGAAACCCCUCCAGACUCAAGAAUGAGGUUUUGUCCUGGGUGAGCAAGGUGUCAAGGAUACUACUGGGCUUUUCUGGGCAGGGCUUGGUGCAAGGCCAGCAGGGAUGCAAGGGCAGUGUGCUGAGGAGCUGCUCCCUGUAGAUGCACUACCUCACGGCUUGGCAGCAGCCCUUUGCCAGGGUCUCCUCGCAUGCCCCCUUCUCUGGCAGGCUCCAGGCUGGUUCUGGUGCUUCUCUGGGGCCUCCCCUUCUGGGUAGGGCCUCUCUGGAUGUUCUUCCUAGUGUAGCGUGAUACUGUGUGACUUCUCAGUCUUGUGUGCUCGGUGUCUUGGGGAGGGAGGGAGGGAAUGGGAGAGGUCUGUAGAUAUAGGCUUUUUUUAUUUUUGAGGGCCUACAAAGCCCGGUGUCUGUUUUAAUUUUGUCCCAUGCCCUCGUCUAUCUGGUGUUUCUUGGCUCCCCUGGAAGUGCAAGGCAGAGAAUAGCCUGGUUCCCUGUGCUGUGCACCCCUCAGCCCCCUGCUGGCUGUCCUCAGCUUGCUGUCUACUUUUUCAGUUGGGUUUGUGUUGUCCUCCCACCCUGCUCCCUGAGGGCUCUACAGUGGGCUGUAGGAGCCAAAGCCCUCUCACCAGGAGGGAGCUCUUGUUCAUAUGCUUACAGCAAGAAGUGCAGCCAAGAGCUGCCCAAGGGCCCUGCUCUCCUCCCCAACCCUCUCUCCCUGCAAAAGGCCUGCAGCUGGCGCAGGCCAGGUCUUCAGCUCGAGCCUGGAGGCUCCAGGGCCUGUGAAAGGGGAGCUGCAGGCCUCUGGCAGCUGGGCAGGUUGCUUUAUGUUUUCCCACCUCAGUUAUGGAGCUGGGUGCCACCCACCCUCUGUCUGGGGGGUGGGACUUGGUGUUUCACUGCAGUAUUUUGCUUGAUCUCAGUGCAAGGCCAGUAGGGAUGCAAGGACACUGAGAGUGAGAGCCUCCUCUGAGCCCGCAGGGAGAUUAUCCCUAUCCUGAGCCUGGGCAGGGGCCAGCUCAGGCUCUGCGUUUGCUGUCAUCAGCCCCUGCACUGCUGCAUUUCUUCUAUCCCUCUGCAAUGGCUGCCAGCUCCUGCCUCUCAGCUACCACCCUGGGCUGGGUGCUCAUUGAGCAAACUCCUCCGGCUCUCAGGCUGCUGGAGGCCCGCCUGUGGGACAGCACAGGCUCCUGUAGGCUGUGGGGUAGGCAUUGCCCCUCAGGGCUCAGCCCCAUCUGCCCUGAAUGCUGACCAGGGGAUAAAACCCACUCUUGCUGAAGCACCUGGUGCUGAUGGUGCUGUGCAGAGCCAGCCUCCCUCUGCUUCUGGUCAAGGUAGGCAAAACAGUGGAAGAAGGGAGGGGCAGCAAAGGGGUGCCCAGUGCCUCACCGGGCACUUGUGCUUCGCAGCACUGGGCUGCUAGCAGAGGCUGAGAGUGAGCAGUGGGCUCAGAGGAGCAGAGCCCUUUCCCAUCAGGCACAGCACCUGCCCUCCACGCUCCUGCUUGCCUCCAGCGCUGCUGCAGCUGGGGCCUUCAGCUGACCCCACUUUUGGUGUCCCAACUCCAGACUGUUAAUCUGGUUUUUUUUCUGAAAUUUUCAAACUGAUGUAUAUUUUAAGAUGAGAAAUAAACUAUUUUAAAAUUA